GACCAACCAUGCUAUGGUAAAGGCAUGGGCUGAGCUCCAAGUGGCUGGCCUGCAGAGGUCUGAUAUAUGAAUAUUUCUCAGGCCUGCUGUGGCGGUUGCCUGGGCCCUGAUGCCUGAGGAAAGGGGCAUACAUGCCAGUUGGUAACAAGCUGUGAUGCACUGAGUAAUCCACUUGCAUAGUCUCUGGGGACAGAUGACCUGACCUGUUACAGUCUUCCCCAAGGUCACAACCAACAUUAUUUCCCAGAUGGCUCUGUCCUGUUUAAGAAAUAAAGGAGGGUUUAGGAACAUCCCAAGUAUGCAGCUUGGAUUCUCCCAGGUUAGAGUAGGGUUUGGGGAAGAAGACCAGGAGGUUGAUUUGUUUAGUUUAAGUGGGGAAAAAAAAUCAGACACCCCUCUAGUAAGAGACUUAGGGUGAGAUCUCAGCACUGCCUGUGUUUAGGGGACUGACAUUAGUGCCGAAUCUCGCUAACACCUUGCCGAGGAAGUAACCACAUUUUCAUUGCUUGGAGAGCAAGAUGAGGGGGACAGCACUUGGGUGAGGGUUAAGAGAGGGAGUUCCCUAAGGUUUAUUAGUUCUACAUUCAAAUCGCCGGAUGGGGGAGGCAGGGUAGAUACAGAUGAACAGCAAUUGCUGCCUUAAAUGCAUUUAUUUUUAAUUAAAUAAAACAAUACCCCCCCCCCACACACAUACAUCUUCUGUUUUUUCUCCACCCUAGUCUUAGCUGCAUUUAAGACAUAGCAAAUAGGGGCAACUUUAGGCCUCUGUGCCACCAUAAUACAACUUGAAUGAUUUGUCACUUUGCCUGGUGGGGAUUGGGCCAUAGCUCACAAAUACGUGUAAGGCAGGGAGCGGGACUGACCAUCUCAGAGGAGGCUUUUACGCUCCCUGUUAAGGCAGCAGAGCUGGUGUCAAUGCUUGUUAUGUCUUUCAGGUUUCUCUGUGAUAGUCAGAAGGAACUGGAUGAGCUGCUGGAUUGCCUACACCCCCAGGGAAUAAGAGAGAGCCAGCUAAAGGAGCGGCUGCAGAAAAGGUAUCAGGACCUCACGCAUUCCAUCCACUUAGCUCGGAAACAAAACCUGGGCCUGAAGUACUGUGAUGGCAAUCAGGAGCUGCUCAGCUUCCUCCGUAGCGAUCUUAUUGAGGUGGCAACUCGGCUACAGAAAGGAGGGCUGGGAUAUGUUGAUGAGACGUCCGAGUUUGAAGCCAGGGUAUGCUCGCUGGAGAGCCUAAAGGAUUUUGGGGAAUGUGUGAUUGCCCUCCAGGCCAGUGUCAUUAAGAAGUUCCUACAAGGUUUCAUGGCCCCUAAGCAGAAGAGAAGGAAACAUCAAGGAGAGGACUCUGUUGCCAAGGUGGAGGAGGUAGAUGAAGAGAAGAAAAUGGCAGAAGAAGCCAAGGUUGCUUCAGCGGUGGAGAAGUGGAAGACAGCAAUCCGGGAGGCCCAGACCUUCUCCCGCAUGCAUGUGCUGCUUGGGAUGCUGGAUGCCUGUAUCAAAUGGGAUAUGUCUGCAGAGAAUGCCAGAUGCAAAGUGUGUCGCAAGAAAGGUGAGGAUGACAAGCUGAUCCUGUGUGAUGAGUGUAACAAAGCCUUCCACCUGUUUUGUCUGAGACCAGCACUCUACGAGAUACCAGAUGGCGAGUGGCAGUGCCCAGCUUGCCAGCCCUCUACCGCCAGGCGCAGCUCCCGGGGGAGAAACUAUACCGAAGAUUCUGCUGAAGAGGAGGCUGAAGAGGGCGAGGAAGGCCCAGAUGAGGAAGAUGCUGAGGAGGAUGAAGAAGAGGAAGAAGAUUAUGAGGUUGCUGGACUGAAAUUGAGACCCAGAAAGGCACCCAAGGGCAAGCAGAGCACAAUGAUGUACCCUUCCAGGCAAGGCAGACACCAAGGGAAGAAACAGUCGCUGCAUGCCACCAGAGGACCCCGGCAGCAGGCCACACCUGUCAACGGAGCAGACAUUGAUGAGCUGGUGCUUCAAACGAAGAAGACUUCUCGUCGCCAGAACCUGGAGCUGCAGAAGUGUGAGGAAAUCCUCAAUAAGCUCAUGAAGUACCGCUUCAGCUGGCCCUUCAGGGAGCCAGUGACCACAGAGGAAGCUGAAGAUUACUUUGAGGUCAUCAGCAACCCGAUGGACUUCCAGACUAUGCAGAGCAAGUGCUCAUGUGGCAGCUAUCGCUCUGUGCUAGAGUUCCUCUCUGACAUCAAACAGGUGUUCUCCAAUGCUGAGCACUACAAUCAGAAUGGGAGCCAUGUACUGUCCUGCCUGGAGAAGACAGAACAGUGUUUGAUUGACAUGCUGCACAAACACUUGCCUGGCCAUACGUACUCACGCAGAAAACGCAAGAAGCCCUCUGCCAGGCACCAGGGACUAGAGGAGCAGGAGGGAGACAGUGAGUCAGAGGCCACUGAACAUUCCAGGGGGCGAAAGAGAAAGAAAUGAGGGGCAGGGAGACUGUGGGGAGACAGAGUUGGAGCAGGCCUUCUGGUGCUGCUGGGCGGCAGGCUUGGCUGUCUGAAGGGAUUUAGGAAGCAGCAGACACUUCUUUAUUAAUCCAGCCUUUCCCAUGACCAGAUCUAGUUUGAUUUCUCUGUAUCUUCCUGAAGUAUUUGGCAUCCAUCAAGUGAGCAGAGGUGACUUACUGCUUCCAGCAAAAUACAUAAAGCUCUUAUGGGAUUGUCCUGCUAGAAGAAGGUGGGAGGGCAGCGGAAGAACUGGCCUAAGCCUCAUUGGACAGGGGAGUGUGAAGUCUCCUCCAGUUUGGAGCGCUAUCUGCUUUCUCGGAAUGGAGCUGCUUCCUUCCCCUUUAGCUGAGCAGCCAACACUGGAGCGCUGGGGGACCUCCUGCCAUCUGCUGCCUGUGAUGUGAAACCAGCCCUCAUCUAGCAUGGGGAGGGAUCAUGUUGCUUCACAGAAGGACGGAGUAUGAUCAGCCCAAUGGCCGUUAGUUCUUGUAUGUGUAUAUUUAUAUGGUGUUAAUUUUGAGCCCCCAAUGAAGGGACGCGUCGAGUGAGCAAAGCACUUACAUUUAUGGAGAUAUGGCUUUCACCAGCAUCAUAAUACAAAUGGCUUUGAGGUGCUCUUGCUUCUCUCCUCUCUUUCUUCUGGGGAGCGGUCUUCUGAGGCCAUGCUCUGAGGAGCUUGUCCUUUCUUCUGACUGCAGCGUUCCAGUUGGACAUGAUCGUUGGUUCUCCUGCUCAUCUUUAACAGCACAUAAUCAUGUAGCCCUUGGAGUGGAUGAACCAAGUGCCAGAGGCAUAUCAGAGACGUGGCAUUCCCACACAUCCCAUAGAAGACCCUGGGAGGGGAAGCAGCAGAAACUUGUUCUGUGUAACUUUUUAAAUUAAUUUUCUAGUUUGUCACUUGUUUCUAGCAGUGAGCUUGUAUAAAGAACACCUUGUAAGAUACCUUUGUCUUGCUUUGGCACAUGUACAGUACAGUUUAUAUGAAAAUGUGUUUGCUUUAUAUUUUUCCUUCUAAAACUCUUGUUUUCCUCUCAGUAGCUGGAGUUCAGCUGGGGGAUUUGUUUGGGGAGGGAAGGGAGGGGUCUCACUGACCCUUUUCUAGAUUUGCUCUCUAGUUUUAUAGUAAUACCUCCACUAACUCAGCCUCCCUUCCCCCCAACCCACCUGCCAUGCCUGUAACACGCAGAAGGGUGGACUCUGACUUACACAGCGGUUGACUAGUGGGAAAGAUCGGUUGUGCUGGGGAGAGAGACAUGGCUCUGUCAUGCAUCCCCAACAGCUUGUGCCACUUGAGUUAUUGAUUUUUGUUUAAGCAAAACUUUUUUUUGCCUCUCCCUCCUUAUGACAGAUUUUGGUCUAACAAAAUCAGGGUUUGAACAUCUUAUUAUGUCUUUAAAUUGGAA